GAGCUAAAGGAGCUCUCUUGAUAUCGAAAAGAAUACCCUUUUUUUCAACUGGAGCUAGGGUUUCCCUUUUUCAAGUGUUGGCUGUUAACGGGGACGAUGAAGGAGAAGAAACAAUGUUCCUGCGAGUGGAUUCUACUGUUAUGUCAUCUACUGCUGGCAACCGUUGUUUGUUCCAAGCACCAUGGAAACCCUGCAAAUGAUCUUGUGGAGAUCAUUAACCAGAACAGAACUGCUCAAAAACUUUCACGACUAAACGACAGCCCCGGUCUCGGGUGCAUGGCCCUCCAGUAUGUUGAGUUAUGCAAGGGGAACUGCAGCGGGAGCAGUGCCGUAAACUGUAAACCACCAGAGGAUGACUUCACAGAAGUAUUUGCUCCCAAUUGUGGUGUAGAGCUACCAACAAUCGGCACGAUUACCGGCCUCAUCGUGGGUUGUCAAUCCAAAUAUACAGAGCCAUCACUGGCAUUUGCAAAUGUUCUCGUUAAAGACAAGAAGAUCUUAUCAGUUGUGAGAAACAAAUCGCAUAGCGAGGUGGGAGUUGGGUUGAUCGGAUUCCACAAGGGCCCCUUCUUUUGGUGUGUUCUUUUUAGUAACGGUGGGACGAAUUCUAGCUUCGUUCUUGAAGAUCGCGGUGAAGGGAUAAAGCAGAAGAAGGGGUGCUAUAGUGGAAGUGCAUUUCCUUGCAAUGCUGGCAACAGAAAUGCUAUGUUGUUCAACUGUAUUAUUACUUUGAGUUGUUUAUUCAUUUCGCUGUUAAACCAUAUUUGAUUGAUGUCGUUAAUUGGUCGAUGAGACAAUUGAUUGUGCAGGAGAUCUUGUAACUGAAAGUUAUACUUCCACGCUCAUGCAACGUUCCCAAAUAUAUUCCACACUUUUGACUCUUGUUUCUUAUUUUUCC